GCUCGGAAGAAGAAGCCAUGGCUAUGAUGGAAGAGGUGGAGGUGUUUUUCACCUGCGCCGUGAUGUUCCGGCACGACAGCACCAGCUGCAGCAGGUGGCGGUGGUUGUUACCGUACGUACUCGCCAUCUCACACUCACUGAAAAGACAAGUUUGACCGUAAGGACCUGCAGUGCAGUGCACUGCAUCGCACCGUAGCGUUGCUCCACCGGGGGUGUGUCCGUACAACAAAGUGAAAGGUGUUCUUGUCGGAGGAACGAACCCUCGUUUCGAAUUUCAGCUAAAGAAAGAAGGGGGAAUCCGAAAGCUUAUAAACCCGACGCGAUUCAACUUCUCGAUUUUCAUCAUCGUGGUUGAUCAUCACUGUUUUUGCUUAGGUUUUGGAAUUUGAAGUGCAGAUGCAUAGUUCUUAAGCUUAACCAUUCUCUUUCUUCUUCUUCUUCUUCUUCUUACUUCUUUCAAAAAUUAAACUAUUGCUCAAAAGUCUGAAGUUCAAUCAAUAAUAAUAAUAGUAUAUCCUUAAAUUUCGUUGCCACUGUAUCCUGUUGCUUCAUCUUCUCAAUUAUUUUAUUGUCUAGGUUUUUGGAGCUUUGAUUUUACCUGCUAGUGUGCUCUCGCUUUGGGGAAGUCAUGCUACUUGGUUCAGCAUUAUUGUGAUCUUAGUUGAUUUUCCUCAUGUGUUCUGAACUGUGAAGGAUAACUCAAUCAUUUCUACCACUGGAGGGUGAUGGAUCACCAAUCUGGCCAGGGAUUUGAUUCAGAUGAUAGUGACCUUGAUAUACAAGUAGAAAUUAGCAGAAGACUUGGUAAAGUGGAAGAUGGAUUUCCAAAAGACAUGGAACUUUGUGCAGGUGAAGAGGAGAAGUUUAUUGAACAAUCUGUAGCAGAUAUUUCAGCAGAUGGAGAAGCUUUAGAACCAUUCAUAGGCAUGGAGUUCAAUUCAAGAGAAGAGGCCAGAGAACUAUACAUUGCCUACGGUAGGCGGAUAGGAUUUACAGUACGAAUACACCAUAACCGUCGUUCACGAGUAAAUAACCAGGUUAUUGGUCAAGAUUUUGUCUGCUCAAAAGAAGGCUUUCGUGCAAAAAAGUAUGUGCACAGAAAAGACAGAGUGCUUCCUCCUCCACCAGCCACCCGAGAAGGCUGUCAGGCCAUGAUAAGGUUGGCUUUGCGGGAUGGAGGGAAGUGGGUUGUCACAAAAUUUGUUAAGGAGCAUACUCAUAAGCUAAUGAGUCCUAGUAAAGUUCCAUGGCGAGGAUCUGGGAAGCACUUGGUGAGUGAGGAUGAGAAAGAUAAGAGGAUCCGUGAACUAUCGCUUGAGUUGUACAACGAAAGGCAAAAAUACAAACGACGUUGCGCUGCAUAUGAAGAACAGUUAAAUAAUAUCCUGAACUAUUUGGAAAAGCACACAGAACACAUGUCUGAAAAAGUUGCAGAUAUAGUCCGAAGUAUAAGAGAGAUUGAGGAGGAAAAAGCAGAUUCAGAUAUCUGAUAAUUUGUGUCAUUUAUAGCAUGUUCGACAAUACUCAUACACGCAGGUUGAGCUUGUAAGCCUAUUUGCCAUUUGAAGGUUUCUAACAUAAUGCUGUUAACAUUUAGAUUCUAGACAGUAUUUAGCUUGGGGUUGUGUAACAUUCAAUUUGAACUUCAAGCAGCAUAUUAGAACAGUAGCCACUUGUUUCAAUUA